ACGCCAUUUUUACACUGCCAACACACUAAAACAAUUUCUCUCUCUCUCUCUCUCUCUCUCUCUCUCUCUCUCUCUCUGGUGGAAGCAGAAACACCUGCUCCGUGAGCACUGUACCUUCUUCUCUCAUUCAUUUUCGUCACCAACUCAACUCACUCAGCAUUGCUUCACACUUAUCAAUCACUCUGCCUACUCUCUCUGCUUUUGUUGCUUCCAUCACUUUUAUCUUCUGCUGCCAAAGGCUAUCUAUUACUACUAGAAAGCUUCCAAAGAUUUUUCAUUGAAGCAAGCGGUUUUUGAUGGUUUCAACUUGUGGCAUCUCUUUCCAAAUCUCCACAUUAAAGAAAAAGGGAAGGUACAUUGUGAAGGAAAGUUGCAAUUUUUGUUGUUGUUGUUGUGGCAGAGCAUUGAUCACAGUUUUGGGGUUUAUUUUUGGAAGAACGCUGUUGAGAAUGUGGGGGGUGAAAGCUCUAAAAGCACUUCACUUCAGCAGAGAACAGUGUUCGGUGAUGGAAAUUCUGUGCUUCUUGCAUCUUCUGCUAGGUUGGUAUCUCUCAAACUCUAACCUUGUUAAUGCUCAGCUACAAGACCAAGCUAUAUUACUUGCCAUCAACAAAGAGCUUGGAGUUCCUGGCUGGGAUUCCAGCAACUCAAACUACUGUAAUUGGCAAGGAAUAAGCUGUGGUAAUCAUUCAUUGGUGGAGAAGCUUGAUCUUGCUCACCGGAACCUUCGAGGUAAUGUUACUUUGCUGUCUGAGCUCAAAGCAUUGAAGUGGCUUGACUUGUCAAAUAAUAACUUUGAUGGAUUGAUUCCUCCUGCUUUUGGAAAGUUAUCUGAUCUUGAAGUCCUAGAUUUGUCUUCAAAUAAGUUUUCAGGUUCAAUUCCGCCGCAAUUGGGUGCUCUCAAAAGCCUCAGAUCAUUGAACCUUUCUAGUAAUGUGCUUGUUGGAGAGAUACCAAUAGAGCUUCAUGGCUUAGAGAAUUUGCAGGAUCUUCAAAUUUCUAGUAAUCAUUUGAGUGGUUUAAUACCUUCUUGGGUGGGCAAUUUGACCAACCUGAGGGUUUUUUCUGCUUAUGAGAAUCGUUUAGGUGGCAAGGUUCCGGAUAAUUUAGGCUCGAUUCCGGAUCUUCAAAUACUUAACCUGCACUCAAAUCAGCUUGAAGGCCCUAUACCGGCAAGCAUUUUUGUCCCAGGGAAGCUACAAGUUCUGGUUCUCACCCAGAAUAAUUUUAGUGGUGAUCUUCCUCAGGAAAUUGGGAAUUGCCAUGCCCUUUCCAGUGUUCGAAUCGGAAACAACCAUCUAGUAGGUAAUAUUCCAAAGACAGUUGGAAAUCUUAGUAGCCUAACCUACUUUGAGGCCGACAAUAAUAAUCUUUCCGGUGAAGUAGUGUCUGAAUUUGCUCAGUGUUUGAAUCUUACCCUCUUGAAUUUAGCUUCAAAUGGAUUUAUGGGAGCAAUUCCGGCAGAAUUUGGAAAACUUAUGAACCUUCAGGAAUUAAUUCUUUCUGGAAAUAGCCUGUUUGGAGAUAUCCCAAGGUCGAUUCUGAGUUGCAAAAGUCUUAACAAGCUUGAUAUUAGCAACAACAGAUUCAAUGGGACAAUUCCAAGUGAAAUCUGCAACAUUUCUAGGUUGCAGUACUUGCUCUUGGGUCAGAAUUCCAUAAGAGGAGAGAUCCCUCAUGAAAUUGGAAAUUGUGCGAAACUUCUUGAACUACAAUUGGGCAGCAACUAUUUGACUGGAACUAUCCCUCCUGAAGUUGGCCACAUUAGAAACUUACAGAUAGCACUAAAUCUGAGCUUCAAUCAUCUUCAUGGACCACUGCCCCCUGAAUUAGGAAGACUGGACAAACUUGUUUCCCUCGAUGUCUCAAACAACAGGCUCUCGGGUAAUAUACCACCUGAGCUUAAGGGAAUGUUGAGCUUGAUAGAGGUCAACUUCUCCAACAAUCUUUUUGGAGGCCCUGUACCAGAAUUUGUACCAUUUCAGAAGAGUCCUAUUUCAAGUUUCAUCGGCAAUAAAGGGCUUUGCGGAGAGCCACUGAACUCUUCAUGCGGAGAUCUUUAUGAUGAUCACAAGGCCUACCAUCACAGGGUUUCUUACAGAAUCAUACUGGCUGUAAUUGGUUCUGGUUUAGCAGUUUUUAUGUCGGUAACUAUAGUUGUGUUGCUUUUUAUGAUCAGAGAGAGGCAAGAAAAAGUAGCCAAAGAUGCUGCCGGGAUCAUAGACGAUGGAACCACUGAAAAACCAACUAUAAUAGCUGGGAGCAUUUUUGUUGAUCAUCUCAAACAAGCAGUAGACCUUGAUGCUGUUGUUAAAGCGACUCUGAAAGACUCUAAUAAGCUCAGUAGUGGAACUUUCAGCACUGUUUACAAGGCCGUCAUGCCUUCUGGAGUGGUCUUAUCUGUAAGGAGACUGAAGUCCGUCGACAAGACAAUAAUGAACCACCAGAACAAGAUGAUUAGAGAACUCGAAAGGCUGAGCAAAGUUUGUCACGAUAAUCUAGUGCGACCGGUUGGCUAUGUUAUAUAUGAAGAUGUUGCUCUUCUCUUGCAUAAUUAUUUUCCAAAUGGUACACUGGCUCAGCUUCUUCAUGAAUCUUCGAGGCAACCAGAAUAUCAGCCUGAUUGGCCUUCUAGGCUAUCCAUUGCCAUUGGAGUCGCAGAAGGUUUGGCUUUUCUUCAUCAUGUAGCAAUUAUCCAUCUUGACAUUUCUUCUGGCAAUGUACUUCUAGAUGCAAAUUUCAAGCCAUUGCUUGGUGAGAUUGAGAUUUCUAAACUCCUUGAUCCAACCAAGGGCACGGCAAGUAUUAGUGCAGUUGCUGGUUCCUUCGGUUACAUACCACCAGAAUAUGCUUAUACAAUGCAAGUUACAGCACCGGGAAAUGUUUAUAGCUAUGGCGUUGUUCUGUUGGAAAUCCUUACUACUCGACUGCCAGUGGAUGAGGAUUUCGGUGAAGGUGUAGAUUUGGUGAAGUGGGUUCAAAGUGCUCCGGUAAGAGGGGAAACUCCAGAGCAGAUACUGGAUGCAAGGCUCAGCACUGUUUCCUUUGGUUGGAGGAAAGAAAUGCUUGCUGCUCUUAAGGUUGCGUUGCUCUGCACGGACACCACGCCGGCAAAGCGACCAAAAAUGAAGAAUGUGGUUGAAAUGCUCCGAGAGAUAAAGCAAAACUGAGGACAGCAAGCCGCCCGAGUUUUCUAUUCUGUCUACACCAUCGAAGGCUUUAUGAAUGUGAAACUAUCAUGGCUAGUUGGCUACCAGAAAACUGAUGAGUUCAAACUUGCAACUUGGAAUAGUAAUCUUGUAUCAGGAAUUAUUAACAGAUGAAGGUUGUGUCAAAGUAAAAUUAAUAUCAUUGGCACUGUAGAUCUUCAUCUUUCUAGUUUGACCAAAGAAUUAGGUUGGGGAGAGGUAACAGAAGCAAGAAGAGAACUUGAGGCAUGAUAUAUCAGUUCCUUCUUUCACGAGUUAGCCAGCAGUUUUCAUGUUGUAUUUUACUCAUUUGGGAGAUGAAUCCAUUUUCAAUUUUAAUCUCUUCCCAUUGAAAUUGAAGGUUCUACUUGUUUUCUUUUUUAGAUGCAUAUUGUAAAUCUGAACUUUGUCCAUGCAUGCAGAGCCUUGUGUGUU